AUGCUUAGGUUAAGGAGUUUACCGAGUUUUUUUCAGAGAAGGCUUCAAUCUAGCGGUCUUGAUGUUAAUCGAGGAGCUUAUUAUGACAUGAUUGAUCGUGGAAGCACUUCAACGGUGUAUGGGAAAGUUGUACCAAAUGAGCCUAAUGCAGAAGAUAGCGCUACUGUUAUUGAUAGAGAAUCAUCUUUGCACUAUAUGAGUAAAUACAGAGAUUCAAAUGGUGAGUUACUAGUGGGCAGCUCCGCAAGUGAGGCAAGAUUAAGUCAAAGGACCAUUGAAGGAAGGUUUCCAAGAGGUAAUAUAAGCCUAGAUCCUACAGUAGCAAAAGCAAUAAACAAUAAUAUACUCUCGCUACAUUUGCCAAGCAACCUGAGAAGUGCUGUAGCUAAGUAUUAUGUGCAUAUGCAACAAAGUAAGAUACAUAAACCAGCUGACAUGCCUAUGGAGGUAGACGUACAUUUAGCUGCGCUGUUUCUGCAAAACUAUGGUGCAAUAUAUCAAUCUUUGAGUGAAUUAAAAACUCGACUUGGAGAUAAAUUUAAUCCUCAGAGAGUCCUAGACAUUGGUUAUGGUCCCGCUACAGGUAUUGUUGCUUUAAACGAUUUAAUGGGUGAAGACUACAAGCCCGAACUAAAAGAGGCAUGUAUUUUGGGGCAUAUCGAGAUGCAAAAGAGAGCUAAAAUUAUCUUGAGUCGACAGUAUAAUGAAAUUCCGGAUAAGACCGUUGUUUCUGAAAGUAAAGAAGCGGAGGCUGAAGAGACUGAUAGCAUCCCUAGGAACGAAGACUUGGUUGGGGCUGUAAUGGUUAAAAAAAUAAAGAUAAAUACAAUCCUCAGGGAUGAUGUUCCGGGAUCUAAACAGUAUGAUCUCAUCAUUAUCACUCAUCAACUAUUGAGGAAUGAAGAGAAGUUUCCUUUCCAAGUGGAUGAUAACUUGGAGCAUUAUCUAAGCCUUUUGGCACCUGGUGGUCACCUAGUAAUAGUUGAGAGAGGAAAUCCGAUGGGAUUUGAAAUCAUAGCAAGAGCCAGGCAAAUCAUGAUUCGUCCCGAAAACUAUCCUAAUGAGCAUGGAAAGAUUCCACGGCCUUGGAUACGUGGUUCUGUAAAAAAGCCAAAAAAUGACACUCAUGAAACACUGGAGAACAAGGAUGAUGACGGUACGUUACAGAAUAAGAAUGAUAUAAAAGCAAAAGAAGAAGAUGGGCAAGAGUUAAUGUCAUUACUUGAUCAGCAGUACGGCUCGGUAAACCCUUCUGAUUUGGAAUUUGAACCAGAAAUUAUGGAAGAAAACGAUGUAGUUCCCAAUACUCCAGAAAAAAUUGACUAUCAUUUAACGAUUCUUGCUCCAUGUUCCCAUCACGGAAAAUGUCCUCUACAAACAGGAAAACCAGCAUACUAUGAUAUGAAGCAGGGAAAGAAUUUGAAUUUCUGUAACUUUCAGAAAACCGUGAUGAGACCGAAGUACACAAUGGAGUUAAAAAAGGGUAAGGUUCUAGCUACACCUUGGGAAAAUCCAACAGAUGCAAUAGGGAUCAGAGGUAAGGCAGCUUCAGGUAGUGGUAGACCAAAUGGAUCUGACUACGAAGUUCUUAACUGGUCGUACUUAAUUGUGGAGAGAUCGAAGAAUGACGCCGCAUCUCUGGUUGACAUUGAAGAAAAACGUAAAACAUCGAAAGAAGUAUAUGAAAUCGGAUCUUUGGGUGAUGGUACAUGGAAAACCUGGCCGCGUAUUAUAAGGACACCUGCAAAGCGCAAGGGUCACGUAGUUAUGGACGUAUGCGCGCCCUCCGGCCAAUUUGAGAAAUGGACAGUGCCUAAAUCGUUUUCAAAACAAGCAUACCAUGAUGCACGUAAGGCUGCCAAAGGCGACCUAUGGGCUUUAGAUGCAAAGACUAAGAUAAAGGGCAUGGGAGCUAAGAAGCUUGCAAGCCUCGAUGCUAUUGAGAAGAGGAAGAUCAAAGAAAUGAAACGGGAAAAAGCAAAAGAGGAACGCAAUACAAGGGCGAACAUAGCGAAGAUAGACAAGUCCAAUGCUGACGAGCGGCACCUCGACGAACUGUCUAAGUUCCAUGCAAGAGAGUUUGAUAGGGCUAACCCAAAGCAAUACAGUUAA